GGGAAACAAAGACAUCGAGAUGGCCACUGCUGGGAAAGUGAUUAAAUGCAAAGCUGCGGUGGCCUGGGCAGCUAAGCAACCCUUCAGCAUUGAGGACAUUGAAGUUGCUCCUCCAAAGGCUCAUGAAGUUCGCGUAAAGAUGGUGGCAACUGGGAUUUGCCGAUCAGAUGACCAUGUACUUAAUGGAUCAAUGAGUUUUCCGAACUUUCCUGUGAUUCUGGGCCAUGAAGGUGCUGGUAUAGUGGAAAGCAUUGGCCCAGGAGUGAAAAAUAUAAAACCAGGAGACAAAGUCAUCACUCUCUUCAAUCCCCAGUGCAGAGAAUGCAAAAACUGUUUAGAUCCCAAGAGCAACGUGUGCAUUAAAUCUGACAUUGGUAAAUUAACUGGAUUGAUGUUGGACAACACCAGCAGAUUUACAUGCAAGGGGAAACAGAUCCACCACUUUGUGCAUACCAGCACCUUUACUGAAUACACUGUGUUGGAUGAAAUGGCAGUUGCUAAGAUACACAAUGAUGCUCCUCUGGAUAAAGUCUGUUUAAUUGCCUGUGGGUUUUCUACUGGCUAUGGCUCUGCUCUGAACACAGCCAAGGUUGAACCAGGAUCCACAUGUGCUGUGUUUGGCCUGGGAGGUGUUGGUCUCUCUGUGAUUAUUGGAUGUAAAGUAGCUGGUGCUGCUAAGAUCAUUGGAGUGGAUACAAACGGUGAUAAGUUUGCCAAAGCUAAAGAAGUGGGAGCUACUGAGUGCAUCAAUCCAAAUGAUUAUAAGGAACCUAUCCACAAAGUGUUGGAAAAGAUGACUGAUGGGGGCCUAGAUUAUUCUUUUGAGUGUAUUGGAAACACCAGAGUCAUGGCAUCUGCUCUACUAUCCACCAAAUUUGCAUGCGGAACAUCAGUUAUUGUUGGUGUAGCUCCUUCAACAGCAGAACUGAAUUUGGAUCCUAUGGUGAUACUCACAGGACGCACUUUAAAAGGAUCUCUGUUUGGAGGAUGGAAGAGCAAAGAUUGUGUUCCAAAACUGGUUGCUGAUUUUAUGGAAAACAAGUUUGAACUGGAUGGGCUGAUAUCUCACAAGCUACCACUUCAAAAAAUCAAUGAAGGAUUUGAUCUCUUGCACAAAGGAACAAGCCUUCGCACCGUUUUGUAUUUCUGAUCUUCAGUGGAACGCUUCAAACGCUUAUGCAAAGGAAUCAACAGCUUACCAGCAGCACGAAGGCUUAUUGAGUAUAGCAUGAAAAUAGUACUGAACUGUGAUUCUCAUUUACCAAUGGAAAAAAUAAACACACUUUUGCACUGUU